ACCAUCCUCAAGCAUGAAGCUGCAUGCAUCAUUUACAAGAUGGGCAAGAUUAAUAAUCAUGACAUGCUCAUGGCCGGUUUAAUUCAUUGCAGAAUCAUGGGGCAGAAUAGUGAUCCCUUUGCCUAUGCAAAAUAUGGCAGCCAAGAAAACUAAACGAAACGUCACUGUCAGGCACGUCAGUCAAUACUUCCAUUGUCAUCGUGAUCUGGCCACGAAAUUAAUUCUAAUAAUUAUAUUUUUUAAGUUAAAUUGUUCAAACUGGCAUCGAGAAGAAUACUGUUUGUGGGUUACCACAACUUCUCACCGACCGUGGCAUAUCGGGCCAGCUGCAAUAGCUACGGCUUCGUGUCGCGGCGCAAGCACUCCAACAUGACCUCGGCACAGUGCGCCCCGCGGCAGCCCCCGGGCCGGCACGGGAGCCCUGGGAGUCCCGGAAGCCCCGGCACGCUGGGUCCUGCGGUCACGAAGCGCUAUGAUGAUAUCAUAAAAUCGCAAGAGGAUAAGAGAGAGUACAGAGGCCUAGAGCUCUCGAACCGAUUGAAAAUCCUCCUGGUGAGUGACCCCACCACCGAUAAGUCGGCCGCCGCGCUCGACGUUAAUGUCGGUUAUUUGAGCGAUCCGGAGGAGUUGCCAGGCCUGGCUCAUUUUUGCGAGCACAUGCUGUUUUUAGGAACAGAAAAAUAUCCAGAGGAAAACGAAUAUAACAAGUUUCUCUCUGAGCACGGCGGCUCCUCGAACGCGUCUACCUCGUCCGACCACACGACGUACUACUUCGACGUGCUACCGGACCAUUUGGGAAAAUCUUUGGACAUUUUCGCCCAAUUCUUCAUCGCACCUCUCUUCACGGAGUCAGCCACGGGCCGCGAGCUGAGCGCGGUCAACUCUGAGCAUGAGAAGAACACGUCUUCAGACACUUGGCGGCUCGACCAGUUGAACAAGAGCACGGCGGAUAAAAAACAUCCAUACCACAAGUUUGGCACUGGUAACCGUGAGACGCUAGAAACCACUCCCAAGGCGAAAGGGAUAGAUGUUCGCAAAGAACUCCUCAAGUUUCACGACACCUGGUAUUCUGCCAACAUAAUGACGCUAGCUGUCAUCGGAAAAGAAUCUCUAGACGAGCUCGAAGCGAUGGUGGUGCCCCUGUUCUCCGCGGUGGCGGACACGUCGGUGGCGGCGCCGUCGUGGCCGCAGCACCCGUUCCCCCCGGAGCUGCGCCGCAAGCGCGCCUACUGCCUGCCCGUCAAGGACCUCCGCUCGCUGUCCAUCGACUUCCCUAUACCGGACACUAGGAAACAUUACAAGAGCGGGCCAGGCCACUACCUGUCCCAUCUGCUCGGCCACGAGGGACCAGGGAGCUUGCUUGCAGAACUGAAGGCCAGAGGUUGGUGCAAUAGUUUGGUGGGCGGCACUCGUAUCGGCGCUCGAGGCUUCGGUUUCUUCGGCGUACAAGUGGACCUGACCGAGGAGGGGGUCGAGCAUAUUGACGACAUCGUGGCUUUGGUGUUCCAGUACAUAGCUAUGCUCCGAGAGACGAAGCCCCAGCGUUGGGUGUGGGAAGAGCAACGAGACCUCAUGGCGAUGGAGUUCCGCUUUAAAGACGCACAGGAACCCAGGUCUUUGGUCACUUCUCAUGUUGGACUUUUACACGAAUUCCCCAUGGAAGACGUCCUCAGUGCGUAUUAUCUUCUGACAGAAUGGAAACCGGAACUGGUAGACGAGUUGUUGGCUAUGUUGACGGCAGAGAACGUGCGCGUUGGAAUCGUCGCUAAGGUGUUCGCGGACAAAUGCACACAGGUCGAGCCGUGGUACGGCACCAAGUAUCUGCAGGAGGACAUUGACCCUAAGAAAAUCAAGGAGUGGAACUCGAUGAAACCAAUCCCCGCCCUGCACCUGCCGCCCCCGAACGAGUUUAUUCCCGCGCGAUUAGAACUGGAGAAAGAAAAGGACCCCACCUGCGAUGCUGUGGCGCCCUCUAUGGUCAGGGACUCUCCGCUGAUGAGAUUAUGGUUCAAACAGGACAAUGAAUUCCGGCUGCCCAAGGCAUUCCUAACUUUUGAUUUAGUAAGCCCGCUCGCCUACCAAGACCCCACCAACUGUAAUCUGACUUCUCUAUGGGUGCUAGUGUUCCGUGACAGCCUACAACAGUUCGCUUAUUCUGCGGAGCUGGCUGGUCUACGCUGGAGCAUAGGAAACGCCAAGUAUGGCGUCAGCAUAACAGUAGACGGCUACGACGACAAGCAGCACGUGUUGCUGGAGAAGAUCAUAGACAACAUCGUCAACUUCAAGGUGGACCCGCAACGGUUCGCCAUAAUGAAGGAGAACCAUAUUCGCGGCAUUAAGAAUUUCGAAGCUGAACAACCUUAUCAGCACGCAGUGUACCAGCAAGCUCUUUGUUUAUCUGACCUGGUAUGGACUCGGUGUCAACUUCUGGAGGCGGCUGAUCGUUUAACGCCGGAGAUGCUGGACGACUUCGCAGCUCGCUUCAUCAGGAAGGUCCACAUCGAGGGUCUCAUGUUCGGCAACCUCACUAGAGAGAAGGCGCUUCGGAUCGCAGACAUGGUUGAGGGGAAAAUACCAAAAGACGCAUCACCUCUUCUAGCGCAACAACUUCUAUUAUACAGAGAAGUGGAGAUAGAAAAAGGAGCACAUUACCUUCGCGAGAAAGAGAACGCUGUACACAAAUCAUCUUGCGCCUCUCUCUACUACGCGUGUGGCGUGCGAGCGACUCGACCAAAUGUCACGCUGGAGUUGCUCGCACAGACCCUGUCCGAGCCUUGCUUUAAUAUACUACGGACUAAGGAGCAACUCGGUUACAUCGUGUUCAGCGGCGUACGGCGCUCCAACGGAGUCCAAGGUCUCCGAGUCAUCGUCCAGAGCGACCGACACCCUGCUUACUUGGAGCAGAGGAUAGAGUCCUUCCUCAAGGAACAUAAGGAUUACUUAGAAGCUAUGCCAGAGGAGGAAUUCGUAAAGCACCGCUCGGCGCUCGCGGCGCAGCGACUCGAGCGCCCCAAGCGGAUGUCUACCAAAGCCUCGCAAAUAUGGAGCGAAAUCAGUGCACAGGUAUACAACUUUGACCGGCCUCGAGUGGAGGUGGACGUCCUCAACACGGUUACAAAGGAGGAACUCAUACAGUUUUAUAAGAAACACAUUAGCGAUUCGUCGGAGGACCGACAAAAGUUGUCGGUGUACAUUGUGUCGACGGCGGAGGGUGGCGCCGGCGCUAACGGUGAAAAGAAAGACGAGGAGAAAACAGAAGCCAAGCCCACGGUCAUCUCGGACCUCGUGGAGUUCAAGUCGAGGAGACGUCUCUACGCGCACCCCGCGCCCUUCACCAACAUUCCUCGAAAAGGGGCGCAAUGCAAGCUGUAACCUCCAACAUAGACCCAUAGAGCCCGUGCCCGUUGGAGGGUCUGCCAUCUUGUGACCUGAAUCGAAAGCGGAAACAAUUCACACUUCUAAGCAGGUGCUGCCCCCUACACUUCACGGCUCUAUGUCGCAAGAUCUGCCAUCUAGUGGCUUAAAUCUAAAAAUGGAAACUAUAUGGGGCUUCUGUGCUGCCGUCUACAGUUUCUGCACGUUCUCUAUUAACACAAUCAGUGCCACCGCGUGUUGAGCGUAGCCAAUAACAUGUGAAAACCCGUAUGUAGCGAGAAGCGACUAACGUGAAUGCGUUAAGGGCGAAACCAGAGCGUAAUUUCAACUGCAAAAAUUCUAAUAUACACGGUGUAUCGUGCUUCGAGCAACACCGGGAAGGGAGACGGCAUUCAUACUAUUUCCCCUCUGCCGAAGCAUAGGUACAACUGUACCUAUGGCGGUGCAUGUUGUGACUCGUCCGUACACGGAGACCGAGGUGUGCAAGGUUAGUCUUUGACGUGUGUCAUUUUCUAUGUAUUUGUGUCGUUACAGAUUGGAUUUUGUAUGUAGUAAGUGAGAAAUGCGACUGUGUGCACGUUUCCCCCCGCAAAAAAUGGCAGAAUGAUGUGUUCGGUAAGAUAUCGCUUAGGCUCCUCCCUUCCGACGUGUCGGAAGCCGGUGUUGCUCGAAGGUAUCGUGGUCUGAUUAGGAAAAAGAAGAUUUUUUUUUAAUAUCGCUUUUUUUAUGGGGCAGGUUCCAUAGGUACCAAUCCUCCAUAGGUACAAAGGUCAAAAAAAAUUCACGUCAAAAAAUGUUUCUUCUGCUUUUUCCUAAUCUGUAGGGCUAAAAUGAUCGGCUCUUUAUCAUUUGUCACCAUACCUGUCAUGUUCUAACAAGUAUGUCAGAGCGAAAGUGACGGCCAUAGUGACAAAUGAUGUAAAUGGAACCAUGCUGCCACCGCAGAUACCGAAUAUGCCUUGAGGGAUCCUCACUUUUUUUGUUACACCUUGUAUGUCGGCUGAGACAUCUAUUGUCAAGUAGCAGUACUGAUAAUUCCGCUACCUGACGCUAGAUGUCGACUACGAAAAUGAUAGUAUUUUUGGUAACAAAACCGUUGUAUGUAGUGAGCACUCUUGUUCUUCUUAAUUCUCUCUGUCUGUACCGAGUUAUUUGUGGCGUUCCAUGCCUAAAGGGUCCUUAUGCUCCAUGUGCAUAAGCAUCCUUCUCCGAUGGAAAGCCACAUUUGAAAGCAUGGUUUGAGUAAUACAGUAUUGUAGAAUAUUAUAGAAUGCUUGAGUGAUAUACCACGCACAAGAUAUAAAUGCAGUAGCUACUGUUAGAUACAGAUGUGCUGGUCGUGGAGUUUCCAAAAAGAGCCGAAAGUUCUAGGAAAUUUCACAUGAAAUUUCUAGGAAAAUUCACAUGAUAUUUCUAGGAAAAUUCACAUGAUAUUUCUAGGAAAAUGCACAUGAAAUUUCUAGGAAAAUGCACAUGAAAUUUCACAUUAAAUAAGGGAAACUUUCAUGUUGGAAAUGGAUAGAUAUAAAUUUCGAUCGUCAUACAAAAUAUAUGAAUAUUCUAAAAUUGGAAAUUUCGCAUUUUCGGAAAAUUUCCGACGGCUCAUCUGUCACACGCCAAAUGAUAGCAAUAAUUUUAUUUAAGUCAUUUCAGGAAAUUAAAAAUAAUCUGCAUAGGUGUGGUGUUUUGUGCUUGUCUUUUUUUGUGCAAUAAUUAAGUUUUGUUAAUUUGGGCAAUAAAGUAAGAGAUGUCUCAGAUCUCAUUUAAUUGUCAAGCAAGCAUGUGAUCUGCUUUCUUGUUUACGCCCUCGUAUGAACGCGGUCCCGCGUACGAAGAAGCUAUUAGAAAAAAUAAUCCCGGUACACGAGAGGUUUGGCUGAGGUGUGUAUACUAUUUUUUUGUUCCACGGAGCCGGAAAGCGGCAACUUCGCUUAGCGCACCGGGCCGAAAGUUGACGCUUUCCACAGCAGAUUUUUUUUUUCAAACAUCAAAGUCCAGGCGAUUCUUAUCCUUCAAGAAGAGCAUGUGCGUGUGGUUAAUAUCUAUGACAAUGUGGUAUUCCUUCUGCUGUUUCCAUAUCCCCAAGCUGCCUAGAGGGCUAUAAAUGAAUCACCUAUUUCAUUUUAUUUUGAAUCUUGAUGUUGACGGAUUAAAGUUGCAUUUGUCUCGGCAAGUUUUAAUUUGUGGGUGGCUAGGUAACUUUUGAUAUGUGUUACGAAUAUUGUGUUCAAAGCUAGACAUUAAUUGUGUAAAUGGCCCAAACGCAUAAAAAAAUAAGUUACUGGGUAUAAAAUGAAUUUAAAACCUACAUGUGUUUAUAGAGUAAUGAAGUUGUACAAUUAUUUUACAGCGUUUUACAAAUAUUUUACGUAUUUAUUUAUCUCCACAUUCUAAUGUGGUAUAAAUAUGUUUAUUGCUAGUAACGUAUUGAAAGAUCAGUUAAUUUCAAUGAUAUCGUACGGUUAUUCCCACUUGUUACCAGUGGUAACUACUGGGAUUUUUUUACCACAGUUAACUACUGGGGAAAAAAAAUCCGACUAGUUACCACCAACUCGGCCUCGGGAUUUUUUACCACCUGGGGGUAGUUACCACCAAACUAACUUGGUGGUAACUAAUGGGAUUUUUU